GAUAGCAAUAGAAAAGUAGAAAGACGUCUAGUGGAAGGACGUGAGAUCGUUCAGAAUUAUGUGAAGUUUAAACUCGUGAACGUAAUCUUUGCUACGCCUUAUGCUCCGGACGGUUUCGAACGAAAUUAUCCACGUGAAAGUGUUACGUAUUUGAACACACUGUAUUGUGUUGUGAAGGGACUGGUUAUCGUAUAGGUUAUAAUAAUACAUAGACAUGUAAAAUGUCAUAGAUGUAAUAUUUGUAAAAGAAGAGUGGCUAAUAAAUUAUUCUCCUGUUAUUUCCAAUAAAUGUACGUAUCGCCUCGUAUGAGUUGCAUUCUAUGAUUCUUUCGAUUGUUGAAAAAGUCGAUUCCUAAGAACGUUACGAGUAUCCUCGUCUUGACUAAUCUACGUACAUGUUAGUACCUCAUAGACGUACCUAAUCGGUCAGAGAAUCGUUUCGGUUUAAUUCAAUUCUUCCAGUACUGUCCUUUUCAAUAUUGCAUAUUCAAAAGACCAACAAAUAACACAGAUUUGUUGGUAAAAGCGCGAAUUUAGAACAUUCAAUCUCCGCAAGCACGUUCUGCCCUCUGUCGAGAUAGACGAGUAUCUUAAACGUGAUAUUUGAAAAUAUUUGCGGGAAAUGGUCCCUCCAAUUUCUUUUGCCUUUCGAUUGUUUGUCUAUCGAGAAAUAACAGCGAUACGAGUAUUAAUCAGUGUGAUGUGAAUUUACCUGUGAUACAAUUAAUGCAAAGUUAAACAAUGCGGAUGCACGAGCGGAAAGGAAUAAUCGAAGACGGGAAUAAAACGGCCGAAGAUAAUUAGAAUAAGCCUCCAUGUGUAACCGUCGGUGGCAGAGGUGGAAUUCACAGCGAAGAUAAGAUCUUUGCGAAGCCGUGCAACACUUUAAUUGCUGAAGUUAAUUGCCGCGCGCCGCUCAGUGCAAUAACAAUGACGACCUUAGACUCGCAGGCUGAUAAAACUUUAUGUCAUCUCGAUAAGGUCUCGAGCACGGAGCUGGCGGAAAUUUCGUCCGAUUCUGGGAUUCACGAUGGUCUGAGCCCGUUGGAGAAUCAGGUGGCCGGACAUCCGUUCGACGACAAACGACGCACGAUCGGCAUGUUACGUAGACCUGGCGGUCACGUACUGAAACCUGUCGUUAAACCUUUACUUGGCAAAAGGGAAAUCGCGUUCUACGAAAGUCUACAAACGACACAAGACCCUGUCAUGUUACAAUUGAAGAAUUAUGUACCAAAAUAUUAUGGCACGACAGAGUUGCAAAUUUUCGGCAAACGAAUUACAUUCCUUACGCUGAAAGAUAUCAUCCAUGGUAUGUCGGAACCAUGCGUGAUGGACAUAAAAAUAGGUAGACGAACUUGGGACCCUUUAGCUACGCCACAGAAAAGGGCGACGGAAGAAUUAAAGUACGCAGAAUCUAAAUGCACCUACGGAUUCUGCAUAACUGGCUUUCACGUGUAUUGUCUGUCUUCCGGACAAUUAAAAAAGUUUGGCAAACAUUAUGGCAAAACUCUAGAUGCCAAGGGUGUCGUGGAAGCGCUGAAAAUGUUCCUGAACAUACGUCCAGAAAGACCGCCCUGUCGUCAAUUGAUUGUGCAGCUUCUCUCUUUCCUGUGGAAGAUCUUACUAUUCUUUCGUACCCAGCGGUUGUUCCGCUUUUAUUCUAGUUCUCUGUUGGUGGCAUAUGACGCGAAAAGACUCAGGCAUUACCUUCGUCUGAACAAAACGAGCGACAGAACGACCGGUCGACAGGCCAAGCCGUUCUCGUCCGCUCUGAGCGCACGUGCGACAGCGUCGAGCACGUUCAAUGACGCGAGCGUCGCCGCGUGCAACGCGACACCUGCUGUCGCGGAAACGAACAGAAACCGGAGGGUACACUUCGUUAAACGGAGCAUCAGCUUGAGCAGCGAAUGCGACACGGCGGGAAAGGAGAAGACUUUGAACAGGAGCGGCUCGUGCAGUCCGGAUUUCCGUGUGGACAGAUUAUGUCGUACUCAUUCAUACGCGAACAAUUUCGACGACGAUAUCGUCAGGAUGAAGGAGGACUACGACGCCCUGUUGAGCGAGCUCACCAGCUCACCGGAGGAGAAACAAAACUGGGUCAGGAUCAAUAUGAUCGAUUUCACGCACGUCUUCCCCACGGAGGAUCCAACCACUUUGGACGUUAAUUACCUGGAGGGUAUCGAGAACCUGAUCAAACUGAUCGAGAUGUUCCUCGUGCCCAAGGACAACGCCUCGUAAACUGUAGUCGAUGUUAAACGCGUUUAAUUUUUAACGGAAACGUUUCGCGAAAGCUCGGAGUUAAAUUAUCGCCGAUGAGCUUUUGGGGAACGUUUUGUGGCUCGCCACUGAGAACUAUGUGUUAAUUGCACCAGAUGUAAUAUCCAUAACAUUCACGCGUUCCUCGGUGCACGUCAUUCGUCACAAUUUACGCCUUACUUGAAGACUGUACCCCAUUGGUUUUAACGAAACGAGCAUCGUUAGCCGUUCAAGAAUUGUUGCAGCCACGUAUCGUUUCUUAUCUUACCGCAAUUAAGGUUUACCCGUCGCACACACACCGAACGAGAGAAAUUGUUAUGUCAAAUAUGAUUGAAAAUAAAAAAAAAAAUGGUUUACGUGAACACGUCUUCGUUCUUGUCCCCCUUGCAAACGAAUUUAUACACAUAUCAUUGAAUUUAAUAAAUUACAAAAUUGCACAAUAUUUUGUAGCGUGAUCUAUAUAUAUAUAUACUCAGUCUGAAAAUUUUUUUUUUUGGAUCGUUUGAAACUCUUCCAAAACUGUA